UACAAGAUGUUAGACGGAAGAAUAGUUUGCCUUUUUAAACUAGUGAUACUACUCUGGAAUGCCGCCGCUACUGAAAGCAGUUCCGUUUCAGAUGAGUUGGCGAAACUAAACAAAGUUGUGGGUGACAUUCUUAAAAACCAACACGACAGAGAGAGCAGAAUCGAAAGACUUGAAGAGGAAAUGAAGAGACUAAAUGAGAAACUUGAAUACCAGACUGAGAAACUCGAUCGUCAGGAUGAUGUUAUGAGGCAGCAGAAAAGUGAAAUUCAACAACAAAAAGCCCGUAUUGAAGUCCUCACGCACACAAUCGAUGAACUGGUGACAAUAAACGAACAUUCUAAUGACGAAGGAACACCGAACGAUGAAACUGUUGUUCUUUCCGGUCAACCGAAUGAGCACCAAGUAGUCAAGCAGCUCGUUAGACGUGGUGUUAAACUGGUUCGACAGGUGGAGCUUGGAACGGCGGUGGCAUUUCUAGCCACUAUGGGAAGCCAUAACGUUCAUUCGGGCCAAAACCAACCUCUCAUCUUUGAACGAGUUGUCACUGACAUUGGAAACGCCUACAACCCACACAUCGGCACCUUUAUCGCUCCGGUGGAUGGCGUAUAUUCAUUCUCGGUAACUCUGCUCAGCGCAAGCGGUUUCAUUUCGCACUACUACAUAUACAAGAAUAACACGGCCAUAUGUCACCUCACUCUCUACCACCCUUCGUCUGAAACGUACACGUCCAUGUCUCAGACAGCAGUCCUGCAGUUGAAAAAAGGCGAGGAUGUUUCUAUAAGGAACCUCGAUGCAGACAAAACAACGUACGGGGACAACUACAGCACAUUCUCUGGCUUUAUCCUCUGGGAGACAUAUGCACACCCUGAAAUCGUUGGCAAGAAAUGAGCUUCUCUGUAAAUCAAGGUCUGAAUAAAAGUUGAACGUC